AUGUGCGCAGCUCAAGCUACCUGUUCGCUGCUGCUUGCUGGAGGGAAACUUCUGUUGGCUAAAACGGAAAGCACUUGUAACGACCCUCGCACCAAAUCGAAACAGUUCGGAAGCAUAUUGCUUAUGAAAACAGACGUCAAUUCCCCUUCUUUCGCAGAUGAAACGUCACGCAUUGCUGCGCUUCUUGACCCGCGCUUCGCUUUUCUUGAAAGGAUAGCAUUUGCAGAUGAGUGGAAAACAAUUGUCGAGAAGCUCAUCGAGUCUAAGAUAGGCCAGCCUUCAAGUAACCAGGAUUCCUUUGAUAUACCCACUUCCACAGCUAGGGACAAGGUUUCGUCUUUCUGGGAUCCCAUAGCAGACUGUGAGCAUGACUCCAUCGCUAAAAGAGAGUGUAAAUGCUGGAGCGCUGCAGAAUUCAGGCUCUACAAGAGGAACGCUGAUGACAGUGAUGAUGACGAUGAAGGUUCCUCGUCCGUCGAGUCUCCCGUUGAGGACACAACAGCAGCAUUUGAAGACAUUGAGGAUUUGGAGGACAUAGAGAAAACCCUCUGA